AUGUAUACCGCUUUGUCUUGCCGAUGUACAGCGAUAACUGAUGGCGCUUUUAUGCGAGGUGCAUUUGGAAGGUGUAAGAAGAGAUGGUUUCAGACGAUUAUAACUGGACUGGGGAACCCCAAAAACCAGUACCAGUACACGAAACACAAUGCUGGAGUGCUAAUGGCAGAUCUAUUGAAGAAAGAGCUUGCCCAGCGUCAAAGUUGGGUCAAAUAUGGCAAGAAGUCCCUUGCUGAGUACGUUGUUCUCCAAGACAAGAAUGUUAUACUGUGUAAAAAUACAGGAGGGUACAUGAACUUAAGUGGAGAGACAUUUUUACCGAUAUGGAAAAGCCUUGAACGUGAGCACCGUCCUUCCGAUGGUGUAACCGAAUGCGUUGUGAUAUUUGAUGAUCUGGACACUCCAUUUGGAAAAGUGAAGUUGAGAAAGCCAGGGACCAGUACAAAGGGCCAUAACGGACUAAAAGACAUUGCUAACAAGCUAGGACACUUGAAUUUUUACAAGCUAGCAAUAGGAAUUGGGCGGCCUGCCGAGCGAGAUCCACAGCAGGUUGUCAACCACGUCCUAAGCAAAUUCAACAACAACGAACUCUCAAUUCUAGAACAAGAAUGUCUACCUGAAACAUUAAGACUGCUGGAACCCUUCUUGCGCUAA